AGCCCUUUUCCCGGCAUGCUUUACGCAGCGGUCAUCCCGAUUCCGUACGACAAGAUGGUGGCGUCUGCUUUAUUUUCCCAGCAUGCCGUGCGUGAUGAUUCCUUACAAGGUGGCCGUGACUGUACCGCUUUCCCGGCAUGCUCCGCGCCUCUCCUUCCCGGAGGGUUUCCGUACGCUAAGAUGGCAGCGCCCGGCGGUAGCUCAGCGCGAGCGCUGGUACAGUACGUAGUGCUGCGGGGGGACCUGCAGCGGGAGCCGCUCUCGUGGCCGCUGGGGGCCCUGGUGGCUCAGGCCUGCCACGCGGCCCUGGCGGUGGUGCAUGCGCACUACGGGCAGGCGGACACCGGGGCCUACCUGGCUGAGGGGGGCAGCAUGAGGACUGUGGUGCUGGAGGCCCUGGAUGAGGGUGCCUUGACGACGCUAGCUGAGACUCUGAAGCAGCACAACAUCGAUCACAAAGUGUGGAUAGAACAGCCAGAGAACAUAGCUACUUGCAUCGCACUCAGACCCUACCCCAAGGAGGAAGUGCACCAACAUCUGAAGAAGUUCAAAUUGCUCAAAUGACCUUUACCCUGAUUUCCCAUUAGAGACCCUUCACCUUCAUAGUGUCAUACAGACCUAACGAGAACAUGUAGCUUUCCUGGGUGCGUCUGGCUGUAAAAACGGUAUAGAUAUAUACGGAGACAAUAAAGCUGCAUGUGUCCUAAAAGCAUCAUUUUUAGAUGCAUCUGCUGAAGAACAUGUAACACUUUUACUGCAUGUUGCUGUUAAAGCCAGUGCUCUUCAAUGGAGAUGAUGACACACUCCUGUCUUUCACUUCCAUGGAAAGGGAUUUUGGUGGAAUGUAUGAAUGCAGCUUAUUUCACAAUAAAUAUUCACUUAUCAGCCUUGA